UUGUAAUAAUGGAGUUCUACAAGACAUGUUCUCGGCUUGUCCCGGUUCUGGUCGUGGCUUGGACAGCAUUGUUGUGGGUGCCUGUUUGUGCGCAGAGUAUCAACACGCCGUGCAACCCGUCGGUGCUCGGCAUCGGCUUCACUCCCUGUAUGAACCUGCUUACCAAUAGCAGUGGCAAUGGUUCUUCGCCGACUGCGGAUUGUUGUGAUUCUCUUAGGAAUCUAACUUCCGGUGGCAUGGACUGUUUGUGCCUGCUGCUCACCGGAAGUGUUCCGUUCAGUUUACCGAUCAAUAGAACUCUGGCUAUUUCUCUUCCUCGAGCUUGUAACAUGCCCGGUGUUCCCGUUCAGUGCAGAGCCCCUGCUGGUGUACCUGUUCCUGCCCCAGGUCCGAGCUCACUCGCACCCACCCUUUCUCCAGGAGCCGCACCAACUUUAGCCCCAACAGGUUCCAUUGUCCCGGAACCAACCGGAUCCGCUGAAUCACCAGAAUCCGACACCACGCCGACUUUAACUCCGCCAUCCCCGACAGCCGGUUCCGGAGCCCCAACCGCCACGACAGGGAGGCGCCCUGUUCUUAACCCCCAAUCAUCAGCUGCCGGUCGUUCUUACAGUCUUUCACCAUCACUUGUGCUGUUUAUAUCAGGAUUUGUUGUUUUGAAGUACUACUAGAAGCCAAUAUCUCAAUUUAUGUGUGUUUAUUUAUGGAUUGUUUGAGAGGUAUAUUCUUUGAGUGGUCUGAAACCAUUGUUUUUAAAGCAUAGAUUGGGUGAUUGUUUGUUUCUAAAUAAACUAA